AUGUGCAAGCAUCUCCACAUGCUUUCCCAACAUAGCCUCUUGCUACGACCCUACAUUCACAUAAAGAAAGCGCGGGAACUCGUGGACGUCUACGCGGCUGACCUGAGCCUUGCAACCAAAGUACGCAUCCUGGAUAUCUUCACGGAAGACCAAGUCUGUAACAAAUCCAUUCUCGACCCUUUCCACACAUACUCGCCUUUACAGGCAAAAGGUAGCCACGAAAAGCAGGACAAAAGUGCCCGCAAAGCGUACGCACGCUCAGUCUACCAGUCUGGAUUGUCUGACGGAGACAAAGCGAGCUGGCGGUUGGACAUACAGGAGGGAGAUUACCGGGCCUUCCUCGCCCUACUGCUACACGCGUUGCCGAAUCUAUGCACGGUGCUACUCGGCACGAGCAAUCUGGACAUACUUGGAUUGCUGAACGCUAUAUCUCUAGACGAAACGCACAAUGAUGACAACAUGCCGCGUGGGACAAAACUUUUCUCUCGCCUCAAGCCCAACGUGCGCACGCUGGAGCUUCCUAGACGAUGGCGCUGGUCUCACUGGGGCUAUGCCUGGGAUACGUCCUUGCCCUCCACGUUCAUCGUGUGCAAUCUCACAGGCUACAGCGCUCUAACGCACCUCGCCGCCCCCUUUAACGGUCUUAUUCAACCCUUCAAAUACGGAGAUCCAUCGGCGCCUGUAUAUGCUCGUUUACCCCAGUCCCUCCGCAAGCUUACUAUAGUGUCCGUUGCGAAUACCUCGGAACUGGAACAUUUAGUGAACUAUAUUUCCUACACGAAAAGCAGGCCCGGACUGCUCCUGCCUAACCUAGAGGUGCUGGAUAUCUGUGCAAGUUCCAUGUUGAUCGAUCUUUACCAAACGCGCAGCGAAUGUGCAAAUCAUCGAGUAGUUCAGCUCUUCCAGAAGGUUGAGAACGCGUGCACAUUUGUCUCGCUCCGGCAUAUCUCUCUAGAUAGAUUGCCGCUGUAA